CCUCUCCCCCUCUGAAAUCCUAACUCAGUGGUCAUGAAAGCCCUUAAAUGCCACCUCUUCCAGGAAGCCAUCCCUGAGGCCAGACACAGUGAAUGACACGGCUUUCUCAUCCAGGUGUAACUCUGAUCACCAUCAGGUACCUCUCACAUGCUGAACACCCCAGUAUAGCCCCACUGGCCUUGCUGUUCCUCAGACAGAAUUCCCAGUAAGACUGCACAGAAGACCCCUUGACUGUGGCAAUGGAGGGGGGCUCAGCGGUGUGCUGCCAGGACCCUCGGGCAGAGUUGGUGGAACGAGUGGCAGCCAUCGAUGUGACCCACUUGGAGGAGGCAGAUGGCGGCCCAGAGCCCAACAGAAAUUGUGUGGAACCCCCGCCACGGGCCAGGGCUGCCUCCAUGAUCCCCGGCAGUGCUUCAAGACUCCCCCUAGCCCGGCCCAGCCUCUCAACUAGGAAGUUAUCCCUCCAGGAGCGACCAGCAGGAAGCUGCCUGGAGGCCCAGGCUGAGCCUUACACCACAGGGCCUGUCAGCCACAUCUCCCCACGGGCCUGGCGGAGGCCCACCAUCGAGUCCCACCACGUGGCCAUCUCGGACGCAGAGGACUGUGUGCAGUUGAACCAAUACAAGCUGCAGAGUGAGAUUGGCAAGGGCGCCUACGGCGUGGUGAGGCUGGCCUACAACGAAAGUGAAGACAGGCACUAUGCAAUGAAAGUUCUUUCCAAAAAGAAGUUAUUGAAGCAGUAUGGCUUUCCACGUCGCCCUCCCCCGAGAGGGUCCCAGGCUGCCCAGGGAGGACCAGCUAAGCAGCUGCUGCCCCUGGAACGGGUGUACCAGGAGAUCGCCAUCCUGAAGAAGCUGGACCACGUGAAUGUGGUCAAGCUGAUCGAGGUCCUGGAUGACCCAGCUGAGGACAAUCUCUAUUUGGUGUUUGACCUCCUGAGAAAGGGGCCGGUCAUGGAGGUGCCCUGCGACAAGCCCUUCCCCGAGGAACAAGCUCGCCUCUACCUGAGGGACAUCAUCCUGGGCCUUGAGUACUUGCACUGCCAGAAGAUAAUCCACAGGGACAUCAAGCCGUCCAACCUGCUCCUCGGGGACGACGGCCACGUGAAGAUCGCCGACUUCGGCGUCAGCAACCAGUUUGAGGGGAACGAUGCUCAGCUGUCCAGCACGGCCGGCACCCCAGCAUUCAUGGCCCCCGAGGCCAUUUCUGAUUCUGGCCAGAGCUUCAGUGGGAAGGCCUUGGACGUGUGGGCCACUGGGGUCACGCUGUACUGCUUUGUCUAUGGGAAGUGCCCAUUCAUUGAUGAUUACAUCCUGGCCCUGCACAGGAAGAUCAAGAACGAGGACGUGGUAUUUCCUGAGGAGCCAAAGGUCAGCGAGGAACUAAAGGACCUAAUCCUGAAGAUGCUAGACAAGAAUCCCGAAAGGAGAAUUGGGGUGCCAGACAUCAAGUUGCACCCGUGGGUGACCAAGAAUGGGGAAGAGCCCCUUCCCUCGGAGGAGGAGCACUGCAGCGUGGUGGAGGUGACCGAGGAGGAGGUGAAGAACUCGGUCAAGCUCAUCCCCAGCUGGACCACGGUGAUCCUGGUGAAGUCUAUGCUGAGAAAGCGUUCCUUUGGGAACCCGUUUGAGCCCCAAGCACGGAAGGAAGAGCGAUCCAUGUCUGUUCCAGGAAACUUACUGUUGAAAGACGGGUGUGGUGAAGGUGUCAAGAGCCCGGAGCUCCCCGGUGUCCAAGAAGAUGAGGCUGCGUCCUGAGCCCCUGCAUGCGCCCAGGGCCACCCAGCAGCACGCUCAUCCUGCGCCUCCGAAGGCCCAUUGCACUCAUGCUGACAGCCGCCCCUGCGGGCAGGGGGCUGGAGACCGGGGACCCUCUCCUGGCUCCCCAUCCCCUUUCAUGCUGCAUGACCUCUGCGCGUGUCCAGAGACAGGAUUAGAAUGUGUGUCAUCUGGGGUUUGGUGGGCAGAGUUCCCUCAAGGCCUUUCUCCUCGUCCUGGCUCUCCCUGGUGGCACCUGUGCUGUGGGGAAGGGAGGUACUCGUGGUGCCUUAGAAACCCCACUUGGCUCGUCGGCAAGGCUCAGAGACAGGAGGCAAGAAACCAAGAUGGCAAGUGGAAGCCUGGCUUACCACCACUGCAGAGACCUCCCGCUGGGGCUGGACUGGCCGGGCUCAGCUGCCUCGUGCACAUGGAGGGGUGUACCCUGUCCACCUCAGGGGGUGCUGCCAGAGCUCAUGUUUGCUGAGGACACUGGUAUGGAGUCUCUGAGUCCUGGAUGGGUGUUCCGGGGCCUCACUGGGGCAGGGGCCAGUAUUGGAGAAUUCAGAUUCAUGUUUUGUUGUCUUUUAUUUUUGUUUUUAACAUGUGGGAAGAGGGUACAAAGACCUGAUUGGACAUAUCAAAUGACCUCUCUAAAACUUUGGGCGGUUCCUAGCGCAACCCACCGUUAUUUGCAGCCAGGUGAGCUGAACUGACCUUGCUGGAUUGUGUUCCACACUCCGCACUCCCCAGAGAGCGGGCUGAAUUAAAGCGCUAGCAGAGACCUGAACCAGGAGCACAUCUUCCCCGCCCACACCACUCCCUCCCUUUGUGGCUUCUUGAGCCCUGGCUGCAGAAGAGACGCCAGGGGCCGACAUUGACCAAGGACCCUGGACUCACAGGGCUGUGGCCUUGCAGAUGCUGAUGUAACUGGAAUCCAAUCUCCAAUCCUACACUGGCCUCUCCAUCUGGCCCCAGAAGCUACCCUCACAUUCCUACGAUGAAGGACGAACUGCCCAGGCUGGAGGCCACCCUAGAUUUGAAGCCUUGGUGGGUGCGCGUACUGGCAGGCUGCCGUGGAGGGCUGGGCCUUCCGCCACUGCCUCACCCCCAGGACAGUCGCCAUUCAGCCUGCCCAGAGCUGGAGCCCUGGAGUGUGUGUGCACUUGGCCAGGCUGGAGCAGACAUCAUCUUCUCUCUGGGAUCACUUGAUGGCUUUGUGUCACUGACCACAUGCUCAGGAGAUUGGCCCCCAAAGGAAAGGAAAGCAGAACUCAGAUACCUCCCCUGAAAACGUGGGCCAGACAAGGGACUGCAGUUGCUGGCAUGGGUUUCAUAUCGCAGGAGGACUUGUGUUGAGAAGGAGAGGGAGGCUGGGCUGGAGGAGUGCCCGCGUCCUGUGCAUCUCUGUGCCUGUGGGUGUCCGUUGCGCCUCCGCGCUCAUACGCAUGUGCACGCCCAUCUGCACAGCACACUCGCAUGUCUUACACUAGCACAUGCAUCUGUAAUAUAGUUUCUAUGUCUAUUUAAGGCUCUGAGCAGAAUGUGGCCCAUUGUCGAUGGGUCCACAUUUCUCCCUGGCUCAUCUCUACUGAGGCAUUGUAACCCAGGGCUUAAAAAAAUAAUUCAGUACUGUUUUUAAGAACACUUUUAUAGAGUUCACGGUAGGCCAGUCACAGAUCUGAAAGUUUGUGUGUUUUGUUUUGUUUUGUUUAGCAUCUCUGCACUGGGGCCUGGUGGGUGGGGUUUCAAGGGGAGACAUUCUUUGAGCAAAGCUCAAAGGUGAGCCUGGCUUCAUUCCCCAGGUUGCCGCUGGAUGAGGUGCUUACCCCUCACUGAGGGUUUUGGUCGGCAUCAUUGUGUUUGAAUGUAGCACAAGUGAUGAACAGACUCCAUAAGAGUGUUUUAAAAAUUAACUUCUCAGGAAGUGAG